AUCUCGCUGUCUGCUCGCCCCCUCCUGUCUGCAGUUCUUUUUGCUGCUUCCUUUCCCCUCAUAAUAUCCUUGUCAUCCUUCCCUGUCUCCUCUCCCCCUGGAUCUCCAGCAUCUCUCCCUCUACUGUCUCCUAAGCUCUGCCUUUGUCUUUUCCUCCCUCUGUCUUUUCACCAAUCCCUCCUCCAGCUGCCCUCCCUCUCUCCAUCGCUCAUUCCUUGUCACCUUCUCCGCCGUCUACCUAUAUAUCACAUCGGUACCCGGCUCCUUCUCCUGUCCCAUUUUCUUUGUCCAUCUAUCUCUGUCUCUAUCUCUGUCUCUAUCUCUGUCCAUUUUUGUCCCUUGGUCGCUCUCUUCUCUACCUCCUCCUCUAUUGUCUUGCUCUCUAACCUUCUACAGUCUCUUCCCAUCUCACCUCUGCUGUGGUUCCUCUAUUUUUAUCCUGUCAUCGUCCUUUCCUCAACACCCAGCUGGUCCCUUUCCAGUCUCCGCUAAUGACCAUGUCUUUCCUGGAGUUUCUCUGAUCACCUUCUGACAACCACUUCAUCACUGACAACCCCCAGCACACCUGGCCGAGGUCACCUACCCCCUCCAGCCAUGUUCAGGCGCACCAAGAGUUGCAGAAGCAGCAACAGGAAGAGCCUGAUCCUGACAAGCAGCAGCUCUCCGACGCUUCCCCGGCCACAUUCUCCUCUGCCGGGGCACAUAGGGGGAAGCCCUAUGGACAGCCCUCGAAAUUUCUCUCCGAGUGCCGCUGCUCAUUUCUCCUUUGCAUCAUCACGCAGCAGGACAGAUGGCCGUCGUUGGUCCCUUGCCUCCCUUCCAUCAUCAGGAUAUGGAACAAAUACCCCAAGCUCCACUGUGUCAUCCUCCUCAUCAUCUCAAGAACGUCUGCACCAGCUUCCCUUCCAACCCACCCUGGAUGAGCUUCAUUUCCUCUCCAAACAUUUUGGCAGCACUGAGAGCAUCCCUGAUGAUGAUGGGGGUCGAAGGUCCCCUGCGGUGAGACCACGGUCUCGAAGCCUGAGCCCUGGCCGGUCGCCCUCAUCUUACGACAAUGAAAUAGUGAUGAUGAAUCAUGUCUAUAAGGAGAGAUUCCCUAAGGCCACGGCGCAGAUGGAAGAUCGACUUCGGGUUUUCAUCUCAAACUUCUCUCCAGAGAAUGUUCUACCGCUGGCCGAUGGGGUCCUUAACUUCAUCCACCACCAGAUUGUGGAGCUGGCCAGGGAUUGUCUGACCCGGAGCACUGAGGGCAUGAUCACCAGUACCUACUUCUAUCAGCUGCAGGAUAACUUGGACAAAUUGCUACUGGAUGCCGUGGAACGAUCUGAAUGCUCCGAGGUGGCUUUUAUCGCCCAGUUGAUGAAGAAUCUUCUCAUUAUUAUCUCUCGGCCAGCUCGUCUGCUAGAGUGCCUGGAGUUUAACCCUGAGGAAUUCUAUCACUUACUGGAAGCGGCUGAAGACCAGGUGAAGGAGGGCAAUCUGAAGACCGAUAUACCCCAAUAUAUCCUUCGUCAGCUGGGACUCACCAGGGACCCUUAUCCAGAGGAAGCUGAUGAGGAGCCGGUCAGUGUGGAGACGCACACACCAGAAAGCGAGGACAUCAUAGAGGGAAAAGGAGGUGCUGUCUCAAAACCCAUAAAACCGCCAGAGGAGAGCGACUUUGAAACCAUUAAGCUGAUCAGUAAUGGGGCCUAUGGGGCUGUAUAUUUGGUAAGACACCGGGAGACCCGACAAAGGUUUGCUAUGAAGAAAAUCAACAAGCAGAACCUUCUCCUGAGGAACCAGGUCCAUCAGGCCUUCGUAGAGAGGGACAUCCUAACUUUUGCACAGAACCCUUUUGUGGUCAGUAUGUUCUGCUCCUUUCAGACCCGCCGGCACCUCUGUAUGGUCAUGGAGUAUGUAGAAGGGGGUGACUGUGCCACACUUCUGAAGCACAUUGGUGCCCUUCCACUGGAGAUGGCACGGCUAUAUUUCGCUGAGACUGUAUUGGCUUUGGAGUACUUGCACAAUUAUGGGAUAGUUCACCGUGAUCUGAAACCUGACAAUCUUUUGAUUACUUCCAUGGGGCACGUAAAACUAACUGAUUUUGGCUUAUCCAAAAUGGGGCUUAUGAAUCUCACCACCAAUUUAUAUGAAGGACAUAUCGAGAGUGAGGCCAGAGAAUUCCUGGACAAACAGGUUUGUGGGACCCCAGAAUACAUUGCUCCAGAGGUAAUCCUACGACAGGGCUAUGGAAAGCCUGUGGAUUGGUGGGCAAUGGGCAUUAUACUAUAUGAGUUCCUGGUGGGCUGUGUCCCUUUCUUUGGCGACACCCCUGAAGAGCUGUUUGGUCAGGUGAUUAGUGAUGACAUAGUCUGGCCGGAGGGGGAGGAAGCACUUCCAGCUGAUGCCCAACAUCUUAUUUCUAGUCUUCUGCAGACAGAUCCCUUACUCAGACUAGGCACAGGGGGUGCUGUUGAGGUCAAAGCACACAAUUUUUUCACAGAUUUGGAUUGGAAUGGGUUACUCAGACAAAAAGCUGAAUUUAUACCUCAUCUGGAGGCUGAAGAUGAUACUAGCUACUUUGACACUCGAUCAGAUCGUUAUCAGCAUAUUAACUCUUAUGAUGAAGAUGAUACAAAUGAUGAAGACUCUGUAGAGAUCCGUCAGUUCUCAUCCUGCACUCCACGGUUCAGUAAGGUGUACAGCAGCAUGGAACAGCUUUCUCAGCUAGAGCAGAAGGCUCCCUCUACAUCUCAAGACAGCAACAAGCAAGAGAGAUCUGAAAGGACAAGCAAGAGAGAGACCCUUGGAGGUGUGACCCUGAGAGAUCGCUGCUGGAGGACUGUGUCUCCUGAGAUGAAACAUUUUUCAGACUCAGUCGAUGCUGACUCCAGCCCCCCGCUAGCUGCAAGGCGCCGAUUCUCCGCCCUGGUGGACACCGCCCGUUUUGUGGCCCCUCUGGAAGGGGAAGGAGAGAGCAGGGUGAAGGGCAGCAGUGGAACUCAGCACGGCCAAAGUAAAAUCCCCCUGGGAGAGCUAGAACCAGGAGACAAGUCGUUAGAAUCUCAAGGGCACCAGGAUGCAGACUUCUCCCCUCGCGCCACCAAUGACCUUGUUCUGCGUAGGGCUCGCCACCAGCAUCUAUCUGGGGACAGUGAUCGGAGGAGAACCGGGGGGAAGGUUAUAAAAUCGGCUUCCACCACCGCACUCUCUGUGAUGAUUCCUACAGUGGAACAGCACAGCAGCUCCCCUCUGGUCAGUCCAAUGUCCCCACGCUCGCUGUCAUCCAAUCCUUCCUCCCGGGACUCCUCACCCAGCCGUGACUACACCCCCGCCGUCAGUAGCAUGCGCUCCCCCAUCACCAUUCAGCGGUCAGGGAAGAAGUAUGGCUUCACGCUCAGGGCUAUACGAGUCUACAUGGGGGAGAGCGAUGUGUACAGCGUUCAGCACAUUGUCUGGCAUGUUGAAGAAGGUGGUCCCGCCCAUGAGGCAGGGCUCUGCGCUGGCGACCUUAUCACCCACGUUAAUGGCGAGCCGGUUCACGGCUUAGUUCACACCGAGGUGGUGGAACUAAUUCUGAAGAGCGGUAACAAGGUUCUUGUCACCACAACGCCUUUUGAGAACACGUCAAUUAGAACUGGUCCAGCUAGGAGAAGCAGCUACCGGUCCAAGAUGGCCAGGAGGACCAAGAGGAGCAUAGGAAGAGAAGGACAGGAGAGUAAGAAGCGCAGCUCUCUCUUUCGUAAGAUCACCAAGCAGUCCAAUCUGCUGCACACCAGCCGCUCUCUUUCCUCUCUCAGCCGCUCUCUAUCCUCUAGUGACAGUCUGCCAGGAUCUCCCACUCACAGCUUCUCUGCCCGCUCUCCAACCCACAGCUAUCGGUCAAUGGACUCUGCAUACCUAGGAGCUUCUUCGCAAGGCAGUUCUCCUUCUUCCAGCACUCCCAACUCCCCAGCCCCUCCUCCUCCAUCCUCCUCGACGUCCUGUGCUCCAACAUCCUCCUCAUCCUCCUCAUCUGCAUCUACCUCUCCUCACAUUCGCCCAAGCACACUUCAUGGUUUGUCCCCAAAACUGCACCGCCAGUAUCGCUCUGCAAGAUGCAAGUCUGCCGGUAACAUGCCCUUAUCCCCACUGGCUCAUACACCUUCACCCACUGCAGUUGCCUCACCUCCUCUUCUUCCUAGCCACAGUGUAGGUAGCAGCCUGACCACUCAGAGCUUCCCUCCAAAAUUGCACCCCUCCCCUCCUGUUUCCCGUCCACGCCCCAAAAGUGCAGAGCCCCCACGUUCCCCUCUCCUGAAGAGAGUGCAGUCUGCAGAGAAGUUGGGUGGAGGGGGAAGUGGUGGGUCACCAAGAAAACAAGAGCCAGGAGGUGGAACACCAGAGGGAGAAGUGGGAGAAAGCAUGGGGGGAAGAUCUCAACCAGUUAGAAGAGUAGGCCGACAGGAAUCUCCUCGGAGCUUAUGUGCAGGAGACCUGUUAGUGGACAGUUUGGAAAGGCUGGAGAGUGAUAUUGGGAUGGGAAUAUCACAACAGGUUGAGGGGCACAAAGGUGUUGAAGGGAAAGUUCCAGUAGUAGGAAAGAUAGGCACUGUUGUUCGAACUCCCACCUCGUUUUCACCCCAGGAACCGCCUUCCAUUGUGACGGUUGCUCUACCGACACAAGGUGAGCCUUCUCAUGCCAUGACAGGAAGAUGUCAGGUCAAAACGCUAAGUCCUGUGCAGGAACAUGAAGGUAGACGGGGGGAAGGAGAAGAAGGCAUCGGGGAAGCUGAAGGCAAAAAGGGAGAAAAAGGAGAGGAUGACGAGGAAGAGAGUGGGACCAUGAGGGAACGUUGGUAUUUAGAAGUGGUUGAAGAGCUGACUACAGUGGGUAAAAGUACUAUAAAAAGUAGUCCCUCCAACCACAAAGACUCCCAGUCUUCUCAGGCAAGUUCACACAUAAUUAAGUCUAAAACUGUUGAACCUGACCCAGUGAAAUACCCCACCAGUUCCCUUCAACCUCUCCACUCCGAUCACUCUCAUGCUACAAAAGAGAAAAACAAAGAGGUUACUCCAAUGAAGACAACUGACCCUAAAACUAUUAAGCCUUCCUCUCAGCCAACUGAAGAGAAGAAACCAGAAGGCGACCCACCCUUUAGUAUAAAGGAUGAAAAAUUAAACAUUGAUCAUUCAAAAUGUCCUUCCCUUUCUCCACCAAGUGCCAAGCUCUCACAGACCUUCCAGUCUACUUCCUCCCACCCUGUUAGAAUAAAUGAAGUGAAAACCGACCAGGUAAAGGAUUCUACCUCCAUCCUAAAUGGUGAGAAGCCCCCAACUAGCCAGUAUAAUAAUAAUGUACCGCCCAUGAGGAGCAGUGAAGUAAAAUCUGAACUAACAAAAACUUUUAUUACCGCAGUGCCCACCAUGGAAAACACUAAAGGAAAUGGAGCUGCUGUAAAAGAUUCCCAAAUUGCUGUUCCUGCUUUAGCUACUGUGAAAUCUCUCUCCCCAGUAAGCAUACAGAUAAGCAAUGUGGAAAGCACACAGCCACCCCAAGCUUCUACUAUGUCAGAUAAUAGUUCGGUGAAUGGAGCAGACAGCGAUAAAACAAAAAUGCAAGAUAAAAUAGUUGGAGGAGAAGUACAUAAACUGGCAGCCAACCAGAGCCAGUCUAGCAAGACAGAAAUUCAUCAUUCAACAAGCAAUACUCAGUUAACUGUCAACAAGGUUAGCAGAGCGGAGAGUGACAAGACGACGGUCACCACUCCUCCGGUAACUGGCCCCGAAGCUGGUUUUAAAAGUCCUACUGAGAACCCCUCAGUAACCGGAGGGCUUUCAGGAACAGCCAGCGACAAGAUGAGGGGCACCUCCGAUCAUCCAAGCGCUUAUAAUGCUAGCGAGGAAAAAAAAAAAGCCAAAUUGCCAACUGCUGCUUCGGAUGGUAGCAUCAGCAGAAUUCUGAGCGACCAGGCCAAAAAGAACUCAUUUCCACCAAGUCAUGACAAGGUCAACAAGCCUGACGCCAAUCAGGUAUCAAUCAGCCCUUCUUCCUUACCUAAUAAGCCUAGUAACGGUGGAGCGGAAACUGACCAAACAAGAUUGUCCAGAUCUGUUGCUGGAAGCGGCAUAGUUGACAGCAAACAGACUAAAGAGACCUCAGUGACUUCUCUUAAGGCCACCAGUCCAGAACAACGUAAGCAGUCUCCUAUAUCUAUUACCGUUAGCGGAGUCCAGAGCGAUGGCAAGAGCGGGACCUGUGCACCGCUGAAGUCUCCAAGUUCUCAGACAGCCACCACAGUUAGGAGUCAGCACCCCUCUUAAACAAACAAUUCUAGAAUGUCAAGGUGUGAAAGGGUCAGAAUCACAGUGUUGAUAUCGUAACUGCAGCCUAGCCCUCUAACGCACGAGGAAGCAAGAAGAAAAACUGGGCCUGGACUUAGUAGCUGCCACCAUGGGAUUUUUUUUUGUUGCAAUGAGCCUUAUCGCUCCCCAUCCCCUGCAGUCUCUUAAAGAGAAGCGAGGGGCCACACUGGCGUGUAUGUGUGUGUCCAAUGUGUGUGUGCGUCUGUGUAUCUGUGUGUUUGUGCCGUGCCUUAAUUGUUUAUUAGUCGGGGAAAAAAAAAAGUUACUGCACACACACACACACACCCUUAGUGCUAGAAUCUAAAGAGAUAACUGGAGGACGUUUGGCCGGACUGGCCAGGAGGAGAAGGAAAAGAAGUGGUAUCUGUGCACGACGACCACAGCCAUUUUGUCAACCUGUGUAUAUGAAGUCUAACCGGAACAGGAACUCUUGACUUUCAUGUUGACUGUGGCAUACUGGACAGGCUUCAUACUGUUUGGGGGAACCAGUCACAAUUGGGCUUACGGAAGAAUGUGAAUAUUCAGUCUUACUUGAAUGCAAUUGCUAUAUACCGUAACUGUAUAAUAUAUAUAUUGGGAUUCCUGCCUUUACAAGCACAUGAACUUUAAUGGCAUCCCAGUCUUAGUCCG